AUGUGGGGAUUUCAGCCCGGCAGUGGAUCUUCCUUCUUCGAUCACGCACGCAACAGAAUGCAACAAAUGCACGAGGAUAUGAUGAACCACAUGAGGUCGAUGGACUUGGACUGGAUGCCUUCAGGAUUCCCUGGAUUCGCUGAUAUAGACACAAGCAAGGACGCAUUUCAAGUUGGUGAGGAUGGAAAGAUGCAUUUCCAGGCUAGUUUCGAUGUCAGCCAGUUUCGACCAGAAGACGUGGAGGUUCGUCAGGAGGGCAGGAAUCUGUACGUUCAGGCCAAGAGUCAGGAACAGACAAAUAACAGUUUCCGCAGCCGGGAGUUCUGCAGAGCAAUACUUUUGCCCAAUUCUGUAGACGUUUCGCAGUUCAAGUAAGAUAAAGAGGAAGAAAUAAUCGACGAAUCUUGUCGCGAGUACACCAUCGAAACGCGGAAUGGACGUCAACGAAUGCGUCUACAGGUGCCUAUCGAUCCAAUCUACUCGGCGGACGAUAUUACGGUAAGGCUGGAUGACGGGAAACUGAAGGUGAGCGGUCGGGUGGAAAAGCCAAAGUCCGGCUGGAGACACAAGAGUUCAGGCGAAGAUUACUUCUGUCGCACCUUCCAGGUUCCCAGAAGCAUUGACCCAAUGUCCAUCGAGGCAGAAUUGCAAGGCUCAUAUCUGAUCAUUGAGGCCGACCUCUGA